AUGUUCGACACACUUCCCCCAAUUUCCCACCUAACAGACUCGCUCAAUGUCCCGCUUCCCAGUCUUUCGGUCAGAAGAGGACCUUCGGGACCGACGAAAGGCUCACGACAACCAUCUUCUGGAGGCUACCCUCAUCAGACUCUCCAUCAUUUCCCACCUGUGGGUCAUCACCACCACCACACUUACCAGGGCUCCCCAGGUCUGCCACACGCUGUUGGGCUUGCCUUACCCUCCAUAUCAAAGGUACCUUUUGCACCUGUUUUCCACUCCCUGUUGCCCGAAAGACACCCCAGUGAAAGCGUGCCAAUUGCGCCUCCUCCACUUUUUCAUGGGCCCCUGCCUGUUCCAAACUCCUUGAACAGGUAUCAUCUAGUCGACAGACCGCAAUUGCCGAUGAUUUCUCCUCAGCAGUACUACAAUGAUAACUACAGGUUUGUGUCGGCCGACGAGGAGAAAAAGCCCAGCAAGAGGGCCAAACAUGACCCCCACACUCUGGUGCUCCGGUUCCGUCUGGAUAGGUCCCCAUCUCAGUUCAGAGACUUCAAAGACUCAUAUAAACAGAACGGGAAACGCCUUUUUCCUGAUUCAGAGGAGCGGUUUCCCGUAACAGAGUUGCAAGACGCUCUUCGGGUGGUUCCUCCACGCGUGGCUCAGGAUCUCUCCGACCACAUCUACCCUUCCAUCAUCACCAAGAAGUACAGUGCCCUGGCCCUUGGUACAAACCAUUCCCACUUGCUCGUGUACGAGUAUCCCCUAGCCACGCAGUGGGUCAUUUGGGAUUAUGAGACCGGAUACACCCACCUCACGGGCUUGUGGAGAGCAGCGCUUCAUGAACAGGCGCUUCAUCGCAACAAGAACGGCGUUGUCCACGUGAAGCCGAACGCUAAAGCCGACAUUGUCAAGCUCUUGGAAUCCACGCCCCAAGCUCUACAUCCAUACAUAAAACGUGUGCGUGGUGGGUUUUUAAAGAUUCAAGGUACGUGGGUCCCCCACAGCUUGUGCAAGCGGCUAGCUCGCAGUUUCUGCUACUACAUCAGGUACCAAUUGAUUCCAAUUUUUGGCACCGAUUUCCCCGACCUAUGUCUCCACCCGGACGAUCCAGGGUUCGGCGAGCUCCGUUUUGAUGUUUGCGGCGACUCGCUGGAUUUCUCCAUCGACACUACCUCUGCUGGCUCAGAGCUGUGUCCAAUCUCGCCCACACUGGAGUCCCCGAUGAGCGGCAACAACAAUGAUACAAACUACUCCAACCCCAAAACAUAUGAUACAACCCGGCUGGGAAGCCUAUCUCUGACUUACUCACGCCUGCUGAACGAAACCAAUCUGUUGGGGCUGGCCCACUCGCUGGCGACUCUGAUUCUGGUGAGUCUGGUAUCCCAGCUGACGUCGCAACUGCCCAACCAACCUGUUGUGAGACAAGAUGACGAGCGGCGGUUGUCGUACGCCGAUAUAGUGGACAUCGUGAAUGCGUCCAAGUGUCUUCAGCGGCUACGCCAGGGCCUGUGCAGCGAGGAGGGAGACAGUUGA